GGACUUGUGGUGGCGCCCGGCCGGCCGUGUUGGACUUUAUAUGAUAUGCAUCAAUCCAUCCGUGUGAGGGAGUAAUAAGACACACACACACACUAAUAAUUCUCUCUCUUCAUUUCAGUGCAGAGAAACGCACAGUAGAGAGAGAAAAGAGUGGUCUAUCUGAAGUGUGAAGUGAAGGAGAAGGAGAAGAAGAUGGGCCGGGCUCCUUGCUGCGAGAAAACGGGCCUGAAGAGAGGCCCAUGGACUCCCGACGAAGACCGCAUUCUCGUCUCCUACAUCCACUCCCACGGCCAUUCCAACUGGAGGGCCCUCCCCAAACUCGCCGGACUGUUGAGGUGCGGGAAGAGCUGCAGGCUACGGUGGACGAAUUACCUUCGACCCGACAUCAAAAGGGGAAAUUUCACCAAGGAAGAAGAAGACAACAUUAUCCAUUUGCAUCAAAUCCUCGGCAAUAGAUGGUCGGCAAUUGCAGCAAAAUUACCGGGACGGACUGACAACGAAAUAAAAAACGUUUGGCACACCCACUUGAAAAAGAGGCUCAAAGACCAUAAUAAUAACCCCAACCAUGAGGUUCCCGCCCGUCACCGGACCAAAAAGCCCAAACCCGAAGAAGAUCCAACCAGAAGCCCGACGACGACCAAAACUCAGGACGAUGACGUCACUGUCUCGGCGGCUGCGCCGCCGCCUCCGUCUCCUCCGGGAUCAUCGGCGAGCGAGAUGUCUGGUCUGACGGAGGAGGCAAUUAUCGACGACAGUUUUUGGACGGAAAACGUGCCGGAGGAUUUCCCGUGGACGGGCAUGGCGGAUGAGUGGGGGGGCCACUUCGAUUCCUUGGACGACAACUUGGAAAACUGUACGGAAAUCGUGGAUGCGGUUUGCCGGUCAACGGCGGAGGAUGAUUUGGACUUUUGGUACGACGUUUUUAUUCGAGCCGGUGACGUGUCAGAAUUGCCACAGUUUUAACGUUCUCUACUCGAUCGGAUCCCUUUGUAAUUUAAUCUUUUUUGUACCAUGAAAAUAGCUGUUUUUAUUUAGGCCAAAAACACCAAAAUAAAUAAAUAAAUCCUUUGUUAACAAUUUUGUCCAUGAGUCCUGAUUUAAUCAUUCAGUUUUUAAUUUAUUUGCCUUCAAUGAUCGUUUGAUCGAGUCUUGAAAAGUCUGAAGUGAUGAGAUUCAUCAUUUUUUUUCAUGUAACAAGAAAAACAAACAAUAAAAUAUUAGUCAAUGAAUGACAAAGUAUUUU